AUGGCUUUAUUCAGAAAGGCAAUGAUGUUUUUGUUAGUGGUUAUAAUGACUAUCGCAGGAUCAACUAUGGCUGAGGUGUAUGAAGUUGGUGAUUUUGCAGGAUGGGAUUUCAACGUUGAUUACAAUCAAUGGGUUUCUUCCAAAAAAUUUAAACUUGGUGAUUCUCUUGUUUUCAAUUACAACCCACGGUUACAUAAUGUGAUGCAAGUGGACAGCAACGACUACAACGCAUGCACCGAUAACCAUCCAAUAGUAAUAUACAACACCGGCGGCGACACACUUACCCUGGAAACACCCGGCGAUUACUUCUUUUUGUGUGGGUUUCCAGGUCAUUGUGCUUCUGGACUCAAAUUUCACAUCAAAAUCUCAACUCCGCACAAUUCUACUCCUCCGGCGACGUCUAACUUUACUCCUCCUGCUGCAACUAAUGGCGAUCCUUGGCUUCCUGGUUUUCCGGCUUUCAAGCCUAAAAGCAGUGCUUAUUCAUCCAAAUGGUCACCCAUGAGCAUGUUAAUGCCAUUGCUUCUCUGUUUCUACGCAUGGCGCAGAUCUAGCUCGUCUUAA